AACAAUUUUAAGGAGUUUCAUUCAAAAAAUCAAGAAAUUUUAAUAAAAACUUGAUUUGUGAAAUUGAUUGAAGUGAUAACCGUUAUCAUCUAAAUAUUUGGAACAUAUGAAGUUGGCUUCAUGGCAUGGAUAAUGUUGUGGACAAACACAAAGAUCAGCUUCAUGGAAUCAGCUUCAAUGAUCAGCUACAAAAAGUAUAUUCAACGACACAAACGUUUACCAAAAAGUUCCAGAUCCUCAGCAGGCUAACUACUGACAGACUACAGCUGCAGCUGAAGCUGAUCAAUCCAUUUGGAUCAUUUGGAUCAUUUGGAUCAUUUGGAUCAUCAUUGGAUCACAUAACAUUCACAACAGUUAUAUUAAUAUUAUUAAUCCAAGCCUUAUUUGCUCAGACGGUUGCUUUAUGUCCAACACGCUGUGAAUGCAACGAGGACUCGUUACAUGUCUCAUGCAUUGACUCCAAUUUGGAUUUAGUACCAAUACUGUUAAACCCCGAUUUACUCCAAUUAAAUUUAACCAAUAAUCGAAUAACAAAUUUACAUUAUACGUUAAAUUUUUACAAUAAUUUAAAUAUCUUAGAUUUAUCGCACAACAAGAUACAAACGUUAGGCUCCAUGAACUUUGAGUCACAGCAUCAAUUACAUGUGUUAAAUAUAAGCAAUAAUCAAGUGAAAAACAUUUCGAAAGAUACGUUUAAAGGUCUCCAACAGUUACAAAUCUUAGAUUUCAGUUAUAAUCAAUUACAAUUGAUUAUGACGAAUGCAUUCGUCGAUUUACAUAACAUCCAGAUUUUAAAUUUAAAUCAUAAUAAUUUACUCAGUUUUGAAGAGUCCGUUUUCUCAUCCAGUCCAAAAUUAACUCAUUUAUAUUUAACAUCAAAUCAAUUAUUGGAAAUUCCAUAUAAUUUAAUAUCGUUUACACCGAAUUUAAAACAUUUCGAGUUAGCUCAUAAUUUAAUUGAACAAAUUGAUUUAGUUAUCGAUUUAGAAUACUUAGAAUAUUUAAAUUUCAAUUCGAAUAUGAUUUCAAAUAUUAAUAAUAAUUUAAAUAGUGUGCCAACUGAACAAAUGUCCAAGUUAACAAACUUAACAAUAUUAAAACUUAGUGGUAAUUUUAUAGAAGUCAUACCAACAUUAGCAUUUCAAAAUUUAUUUCAAUUAAAAUAUUUAUAUAUGAAUCGUAUGACACGAUUAACAUCGAUCGAUUCACGUGCAUUUAUCGAUAAUAUACAUUUAGAAUCGAUACAAAUCGAUUCAAAUACACAAUUAACAGUGAUACCAACACGUAUGUUUCAUUCGUUAAAAUAUCUAACACAUAUAACGAUACGUGAUAAUGUGUUUGAAACGCUUGCGCCUGAUCACUUUCCAUUGGAUCAAUUACAAACGUUAAAGAUCUCUGGUCAACAAUUCAUUUGUAAUUGUUCGUUGUUAUGGUUGUGGAAGUUGUUACAAUUACAAGACCCUACAGUUCAGGUCCAGGUCCAUGCAAUUCAUGCAGAUCAUUUACAUGCGUUGCAAAUCGAUGGACGUAAGAUUGUAUGUACGUUACCGCCUGAAUUGAGCAAGAUACCAUUGAUAAAUGUACGAGAAAGCGAUGUAACAUGUUCCAAAGAUUGGGCAACAGUGAUUAUAGCCAUGAUUCUGGUUCUAUUUGUGAUAACAGUGAUUGCGAGUGUUAUCUCAUACGCAAAACGUUAUAAAUGUCUUCCUUCGCGUCCAGCCAUGCAAAGUGUUGUUAACAGUCAUAGUCAUGCACAUGCGCAUGGACAUCAUCGUCAUGGUCAUGUGACACGUGGACACAGUAAUAGCAUUGGUAGUGGUACUGAUCAUAUGACAAUUAGUGGACCAUCACAAGUGUAUGGUCAUGGUCAUGGUCAUCAUAGUCCACCGUUACCACCGUUACCCCCACCAAAUAAUUUACAUCGUCCAAAAUUGAAUAUGACACCAACUCAUUGGGAUAUUUCAUUUCAAGAGCAAUAUUCACAAAGUGAUUAUCAUCAUACGCAUCCACAUCAGACAUCCACAAAUACCCCACAAACACAAAUUAAAAAUAAACCACCACAUAUUGUCUUUGUUUAAUACAUUACAUUUUACAUACUAUCCUUCUCUCUCUCUAUUCUCUUCUCUCUUUAUCUUCUUCUCUGUCACUGUCAUGUACUAUAUUUAAUUGUGUGCACGGAUUUCUAUAUUCAACUUAGAUUGCUAACAUGAAACGACAUUCAAUUAAUUCCAGGGCGGUGAUACUCAAAUGGACAGUGAGCUUCUUAAAUGUCAGGGCUUGAACCCAUAUAACAAGGACGUGAAACUUGGGUGUAGAGGGUAGCAGGAAAAAAGGCGCCUAUCUGGGCGGUCCAUGGUCGUUGCAUACUGCGCAUCAGGAUGUAUAAAGUGAUUGAAAACAAAAAACAGGCUAAUGCGCAUUACAACGUAGGCAACGAGAUAGGCGCCUUUUUUAUUGCUUCGCUCUCAGGGGUACCGCAAGUGAGUCCCUAGCACCUAGACCAUGAGUCGUCUGGUCUCUCCGAUGUGAACGACCUGUUUUAGCUACGUUUUUCGACUGUUAGCGAUCUAACUUGAAUAUUGACGUAUGUGUUCUAAUUGAGAGGUUUUCAAACCACUUCUUAUAAAUAUAAUUUUAUUUAAAUAUUUAAGCUCCUUUAAUAAGACAAAAGCUAGUAAAGCUAAAUUUUAAGCGUCCAGGAAUUUUUAUAAAAUGAUUUGUGAGAAAAAAUUUGAAUGAAGAAAUUUUUUGAAUAUUAUAUAAUUAUUUGAGAGUUUCAUGUGCUAAUUUUCUGAUAAUUUGCGUCCGUCUUUGAAACGUAUUUAUCAAAGUGAUUCAGUUAAACGCAUUUCUAUAUUAAAAUACGUAGAUUUAAUUUA